AUGCAUGAAUAUCGACAGCUUAAUCACAUGCUUCCAGUAGAGGAUACGUCAAGCUCUGUCAAUCGCGUUCAUUAUUAUCUUCCGCAUCACGCAGUUGUUAAGAACACGAGCACGACCACUAGACUGCGCGUUGUAUUUGAUGCUUCUUGUAAGACGGAAACGGGCCGGUCAUUAAAUGACGCAUUGCUCGUUGGUCCCACAAUUCAACAAGACUUGUUCUCGAGUUUGGCUCGUUUUCGUGCAUUUCGUUUCGCAAUGAUCGCUGAUGUCGCAAAAAUGUACAGGCAGGUGCGUAUCGAUCCCUCCCAACGUUGUCUUCAACGCAUUCUUUGGAGGGACGAUCCUCGGCAGGAAUUGAAAGUAUUUGAGCUGGCCACUGUCACCUACGGCACGGCCUCUGCCUCCUUCUUGGCCAUACGCUCUAUGCAGCAAUUGGCACAGGAAGGCGCCGCUCCAUAUCCCUGA